UGAGAUCAGGAAACUUCAAUCUUUAAUGCAUUUAUAUUCCUAUGUAAUGCAUCAAAAUGAUGGUCUUGAAUUUCAAUACAGUUAAACAAUUUUUAUUUAUAAUCCCAAAGUUAUGUUUUCUUUACUUUUAUUUACAGAUGAAUACCAUGUGAUAGAGCUACUGCCUGUGGGAAGGUGCACCAGCACAAUAUCAGUGAAAAUAGAUCAAUUUCCAGUGGUUCUGUAGUUGUUGAAAAAACAUUCAAUUUUUUUACCACUGAGCAUGGCCAGUAAAAGGAAAUCUAAAAUUCCUUGCAUGGUUCCUGCCAGUGAGAUCCUGGACCAAGACCCAGAAUUGGACAUGAUUACAGUUGAUCUGCCUCCAGAUAUUUCUGAUGAGAGCUUGACAGCAGAUGGUGCAGUAAUCGAUGAUGAGAAUCUUCCAGAAAAAGAAGUGCAAGAUAUCCAAAUUAAGAGACUUGAAGGAGGCUAUGAAUGUAAAUAUUGCACUUUUGAAACACAAGACUUGAAUGAAUUUACUUUGCAUGUUGACUCAAAGCACCCAAAUGUCAUUCUUAAUCCAUCCUACUUCUGUGUGGAAUGUAAUUUUACAACCAAAAGAUAUGAUACUCUAAAUGAUCACAAUGCCAGAUACCAUUCAGGUGAAAUUAACUUUAAGCUUAAAAUGGUAAAACACAAUAAUCAAACUGUCUUUGAACAGACUGUUGAAGAAUCAAGUAGCAGUAGUGGUUCUGCAAAUGAAGACCAGGCAGAAAACACUGAAAGUACCCCAACAGGAAUUUCAAUAAGUAAAACUCCAAUUAUGAAAAUGAUUAAAAAUAAAACUGAGACCAAAAGAAUUUCUUUGUCUUCUAGUUUAGUAGAUGAAUUUACUGCUGAUCAAGAAAACAAUGAGACACUGGGGACCAACUCAGUCUCCGGAUCGACCAAUACCAGUAGAAUUUGUAUUAACCAGGAAACAAAUGGAGUAAUACUUGAUUCAGUAGGUGUAAGUCAAGUGAUAUCAUCUCCAGCAACUAAUUUCGUUCCAAAAGUUAUGAUACCUGUAAAUAGCAUUCCAACUUAUAACACUAAUAUGGAUGUAAAUACUCACCUUGUGAACUCCUUCAACAAAUUUCCUUAUCCCACACCAUCAGAAGUUGCAACACUAAAGACUCAGACAAAAUAUGCAGAGGAACAGAUUAAAAUCUGGUUCACGGCUCAGCGCCUCAAGCAUGGCAUCAGUUGGACCCCAGAGGAGGUGGAUGAUGCCAAGAAGAAACUUUUCAAUGGACGUGUGCACACCAUACCACAAACAAUUACUGUCAUACCAGCACAGAUUUCAACAUCAGCUAAUGGAUUGCAACACAUUCUUCAGCCUUGUCAGAUAGUUGGCCAGCCAGGCAUUGUCUUAGCACAGGUUGCUAAUACAAAUGCAAUUGCUGGAAAUUCUCCACUUACAGUCAGUGUUGCAGGAGUUGCAAAUCAAAUGCCUCAGUGGCAAAAACGCAGAGCACAGGAAGGAGAUACAGGUCCAGAAGCAAAACGGGCAAACAAUGCACAGUUUCCUCAGAUUGCUACACAAGGAGGUUCUCUUGUUUCUGCCCCAGCCAUGGAUCCAUAUGGUGUUCGCCUCAAGAAGACAAAAGAGCAACUGACAGAACUAAAAGCCAGUUUCAAUAGAAAUGCAUUUCCCAGUGAUGCAGAGAUUGCUCGAAUUAUACAAGUAACCGGCCUCUCAAGGGGUGAUAUAAAGAAGUGGUUCAGUGACACGAGAUAUAAUCACAGGAACUCAAGAUGUAAUCAAAAUGUCAAUGUUCCUGAGGUCAGUAGUACUAUUGUUUUAGAUUCUGGUGAUGAAACAACACCAGAAUCCCUUGUAAUAAAUCAACAGCGCAAACAUGGGCGAAAUGCUUUCCCUGAUUUUACUCCACAGAAGUUCAAAGAGAAAACGGUAGAGCAGCUUCAUCUCCUCGAAGAAAGUUUCCUUUUAAAUCCGUUCCCUACUGACGAUGAGGUUAACAAGCUAAGGACUGAUACAAAACUCACAAGGAGGGAGAUUGAUGUCUGGUUCUGUGAACGAAGGAAAGCUAAAAGUUCAGAAGACAAAAACGAGGAGAAUGGAAAAGCAGUUGGAAAUGAGGUUGACAUUAAAGGCAAAGAGUCUGAAGGGGUAUCUGCCAAAUCCAGUUAUGGACAAAUUCAUACUACAUCUUUGGCAAGUGGACUAGCAAUACCAAGGGUAAUGGCUGCUGCAGCUAGUCGGUUAUAUAAGAAAACUCCAGAGCAACUACAUCUCCUUAAAAGUGCAUUUGUUCGCACACAGUGGCCCUCCCCAGAGGAAUAUGACCGAUUAGCAGCAGAGAGUGGACUGGCCAGAACUGAUAUAGUAAGUUGGUUUGGAGAUACCAGAUAUGCUUGGAAAAAUGGAAACCUGAAGUGGUACUACUACUAUCAAACUGGAAAUGUGGACAGCCAAAAUGGUCAAACCCAAGUGUACUACAAAAAGUAUAAAGGCAGAGGUCGAUCAAGAGGUAGAUCACGAGGAAGAGGAAGGCUCAGAGGUACUGGAAGGGCAAACAGCUGGAGUGGAAUAUCAACCGGCAAAGUAUCUUCAAGCCACGCUUCUUCAGGAAAAAAUGUUCUUGAACAGUACUAUUUGAAACACAAAUAUUUAAAUGAAGAGGACCUUGACGAUCUUGUUGCAAGAUCAUCAAUGAGUUAUGAGAGCAUUAGGGAAUGGUUUGUACAAAAGCAAACAGAAAGUGGAGCUUCUGAGAGCAAUAAUUCAGAUGGACAGUACCCUGGUGACGAUGAGAAAAAUGAAGCACUUGAAGAGGAUGAAGAUUGGCCUGGGGAAGAGAAUGCUAGCCAGGAAGAUGAGGAUGAUGCCUCUGAUGUAAGUGGUAGCAGUGACGUAUGGAAGCCUCCUUCACAAAAACACAACCAAGUAAUGGAAGCUGAUGAUCAAUUCUCUAUAGAGAAUUCAAAAAUAUGAAUGUGAGUUAUGGAAAUAACUUUUUUUAUGUUCACUUGAAACUGAUGUAGAACCACAUGUAGAAAUUAUACUUCAGUGUAAUACUGAAAGAAGAAUGUUUAUCUAAACACUUUUGAUGCUGCCGACUUUGAGUGAAUCAUUUGCUUUAUUAAUUCCUGUGCUAUUCUAUCAAAAUAUUAAUUCAGGAUAGAAAUACAUAUAAUACAAUAGAACAUUUUACAAUUGAAUGGCUUUUGAAUAAGUGACUUAAAGCAUCUCACGGAGUAUACCAAUUGAUAUUACAUUUAUAUUUAUUGACAGAUACUUGGGUGUCUGCAUAUUAAAGCAAUAUUGCAUAUUGAAUUUAAAAUAAUGUUUAAUUUGGGAUCACGCAGCUGAAUUAAGAGGGCACAAGUGUAAGUUACUAUCUAAAACUGUCUCUGCAAUGCAAUAGCACUUCCUGAUUUGCAAAAUGAAUUAUAUCACCACUUUUUAGAUGUUGUACCGCAUGGAUAGUUUUGUCUGAGAAACCAUAUCAGUUACAACUACAUACCCUUUUAGGAUUUGUGUCACCUGGAACUUUUAACAGAUCUGAGGAUAGCUUUUAUUCCAUCUGUUUGAAUGGACCUAGAUACUGGAAAUGAUUAGAUCUUUUCUAUUUUGCAAACAAUGAAGAGCAUGUGCAGUUAAUUACUUUGUGGUAUGAGAUACAAGUUUGUUCGCUGAACUGGUUGAUUUGUUCUCAGACAUUUUGUCACAAUAGUAGGUAACAUUAUCAGUGAGCCUCUGAUGAAG